AUGGUAUUACAGGCUGAAGACAUGAAAAGGGCAACAGAGAUUGAUUCUGACUGUAUAGAGUCUCAAUUUGAAUUCCGAGGGUUAGCAGCCUCAAAAUCACCACCAGAGUAUUGGAAAAAUCUCGGAAGUUCAAAGUCUAGAUCAGAGGAACAAGCAUUUCAGGGAAAAAAUAUUAUUUUGGAAAAAAUACAUCAACUUAAAAAGAAUACAACAUUAGCUUUCACUGAUGGCUCCUGCAAAGGAAAUCCAGGUCCAUGUGGUGCUGGGGCAGCUAUUUUAAUAUCAAACAGCACAGAACAUGUGGAGUUAACCCAGCCAGUUUCCAAUAGAGGAUCUAUUUUAUUAGGGGAAUUAGUAGCUAUCAAGCUAGUAAUAGAUUUUCUUAUAAUUCCAAACAACAGAAAAAACACUGAAUCCAUCCAAAUUUUCUCAGACAGCCAAUCAGCAAUUGGAAUUUUAACUUUAAAUUGGAAAUCUGAUAAUUAUGGCAAAACUAUUCAUGAUAUUAAAAUUGGUAUAUUGGCACUUAAAUCUGAAGGAAUCAUUGUUUCCAUUGAAUGGACCCCUGGACACGCUGACAUACAAGGUAAUGAACUAGCAGACCAACUAGCUAAAAAAGCAGCACAGGAGGCAGAAAAAAUACAAAGCAUUCCAAUAUUUACAAAACAAGAUAUACAAAAAGGAGCAAAAGACAGUACAGUGUUAUGGUAA